UUGUUUAAGUUAAAGUUUACAACCGAAUUGUAGUUUCCCAAGUGUCAAAAAUAAUGUCGCAAGUAGAAGAAAUUGAAGAUUUUUUGGGAGAUGAUAUUUUUAAUAGAAACAUAGAUGAUAAUCUUGAUGAAAUACCUGAAUCUGAGGAAAAUAAUGAAGCUUCCGAAGAAUCAACAAGUAGAAAGGUUGAGGUUAAAAAACGUGUAGCAAGGGCGCCUUUGCCAAAACUGAAUGCUCAAAGAUUAAGUGGUCCUAAAGGUAUUAUCUCAAUAGAUAAGCAUUUUGAACACUUCAAAUUUAAGGGUAAACACCAUGAGAAAGAUGAUCUAAAUAAAGUAAUGAUAAAACUAGAACUUUGGGCACAUCGCUUAUUUCCAAAAUAUCAGUUUGAUGAUUGCUUGGAACGUAUUGAACGAUUGGGUAAGCAGAGAGUUAUUAUGUCUUACAUGAAUAUGUACCGCCUUAAUACAUUGCAACCAGAAGCAGAUGAAAAAGAAAACUUAGAACUUAUACUCGAUGAACAAAACGAUGUAUUGGCCACUCCUCUAGAUGAGAUGGAUGAAUUUUUAAACGAACAAAUAACAUUAGCCAAAAGCAGAGAUACUUUUCAUAAUGAAGCUACAUUUGAUGCAUUAAUUAAUUCUCCUUCAAGUAGUUUAUUUGGAAGUUCACCUAAACCUACUUCCACACCAAAUCAUACAGAGCGCAAUGUUCCAGCAGAUAAUAUUCAGACAUUGACUGAAGAGCAGAAAAACAUAAUUGCAUUAAAUCGACAAAAAGCACGAGAAAUGUUGAUGCAAAAGGCCAAAGCAAAUAAUAUUGUAAUGUGAUAUUUAUAUUAGUUAUUUCAUUAGUUUUAAAAUAUUUCUGUUUUACACUGUUUAUACAAAGCUUGGGCAUCUGUAUCGAAUUUUUUGCCGGUAAUAAAUUUUAU